AUGACAUCCACCAACCCCCCAAGCGCUUCUCCCCAAAGUCCCAAACCAAACGUGGCACCACGACAGAUCUAUCGUAUCCUCGCAGGACAGCUCUUCGACUCUGUCUCACGCACGCUGCUGAAGGACCAGAUCAUCACGGUUGAUAGCGAUGCAGGUGUCAUCCUGGACGUAGCGCCGCUGUCGUCUGUCCGAAAGGUCGAGGACAUCAUUGCAACUCUUGCUUCGCAGAGUGGAGUCAACAUUGACCUCAAGAGCCUUAAGUUGGACAUAAGGAAACUGGAUUUCAACGAUUCUAUCGUUUUGCCUGGUUUGGUGGACGUUCAUGUUCAUUUCUUUCUUCAUCCGUAUUCAGAGACAUCUUGGGACGACCAACUCACGAAGGAAAGUCUGGCCGAACGGACAGUCAGGGCGACAGUGCACGCACGGCAGACGUUACUGGCAGGCUUCACUACUGUUAGAGAUCUAGGCACUGAAGGAGCCUUUGACGCCGACAUCGGAUUGAGGAAAUGCUUAGCCGAACCGGGCACAAUAACACUGGGACCCAGAUAUUUCUGCUCGACUAGGGCAAUCAUCAGUAGCGGGUCUUAUGGUCCAAGAAGCUCUCUGUACCCUCACCAGGAAGGGAUAGAUGGUGUACGAGGGGCAGAACCCGUCGAUGGCGUCGAAGAAUGCGUAAAGGAAGUCAGAAAGCAAAUAGGCGCCGGUGCAGAUUGGAUCAAGGUUUACGCAGACUACCGCUACCGUGCCCGCCAAUCCGACGUCUCGACCAGCAUAGCCGCCCAAAACGCUUCCACAUUCACAACAGAAGAGCUCUCCGCAAUCAUAAAAAUCGCCCAUGCCCGAGGCGUCAAAGUCGCCGCACACGCCAACAACGCAAAGGCCAUCAACAACCUGCUCGACCUAGGUGUCGACAGCAUCGAACACGGGAUGCAGAUCUACGAUCCACAGACGCACGACAAGGCCUUGCUUCGGAAGCUCUUCCUCGCGAGAGAACGAACGACGUGGGUGCCCACCUUGUCGGCGUUCUAUACGCUUGCAUCCGAUGCCCAGUGGAGUGGGGGAGCGCAGGUUUCGUGGGAGAGGGCGCAGGCGACGUUCAAAGAGGCGCUUAAGGGAAAUGGGGAGAACAUUGCAUGCGGUGGGGACACUGGAGUGUUCGCCCACGGGGAGAACGCUCUCGAGUUGAUCCUCAUGCGAAGGCUUGGAGCGAGAUGGGAGCAAGUCUUAGGCUGGGCGACGUACGGUGGGUGGAAGUGCGUUAGAGGGCUGGAGUGGGAAGGAGAAAGCGGGGAAAGAAAACUGGAAGAGGCUGAAAAGAAUGCAUUCAGGGUCGAUGGAGCUGCUGCGAGGAAGCGACUGGAGAGGGAGGUCCCCUUUGGAAUCAUUCGUACCGGAUGGGCGGCAGACCUGCUCGUUCUGAGUGGGAAAAUUGAUGGGACGGAGAAAGAAUUUGAGGAUGCUUUGCUGAAACAGGACCGAUACGUGAUCAAGGGAGGGAAACUGUUUCGAAGGGAUGGGACGGAAAUUCCGCCGAUAUGA